AUGUCGAGCUUUCAGCCAGUCAACCCAAAACCCUUCCUACAACUGCAAACGGGAAAGCCAGUGCUGGUACGCUUAAAAUGGGGCAUGGAAUAUAAAGGUUUCCUCGUAAGCACAGACAGCUACAUGAACUUGCAGUUGGCUAACACGGAGGAGUUUCAAGAUGGCAAGUCAAAUGGCAUGCUCGGCGAGGUGUUCAUUCGUUGCAACAACGUGUUAUAUUUGAGAGAGCUGCCGGACGAGUCGGCAUAG